AUGCUAAUAGACAAGGAAUUGAAAUCAACUCUUGUAGCGAAAACCAAGUUAUUCUGUAAGCAUUGCACCCUCCAUGGCGUGUACUACUUCUAUAAGGCCUCGAGCUGGAGUGCUCAUGUACUGUGGGCAAUGAUCAUUGCUGCCAGCAUGGCUCUGUGCUGCUUCCUUGGCCACAUGAUAUGGAUGAAGUUUGUCAUCGAUCCUACUUUGACGGUGUGCACAAGGCGUUUGCUAUGGAGUCUUACUAAUGAAUUCUUGUCUUCUAAGAAAAUUGGCCUCACUACAGUAUCAGACUGCAUAGUGAAUGGAUCGCCUGGUUGUAGGCACUCUUCCGCGGCUUCCGAGAACCCUAUGCGUUACAAAUUCUUUGUCGGCUUUUCAAGCGUUUGGUAUACGGAUCACCUGAUGGUGGAAACGACACACUACUCGAUGGUAAACAUUCCCUUCCCAGCUGUUACUAUCUGCGAUACAGACAAUGUGUUUUUGCCAAAAACACAGGAAAUCACCGACUUAUUAAUCCUUCGUGGCUACAACACUACUGAAAUUGAUGACUUCUAUAAGAGCUUCAGUGAGGUGAAAAAAAAGAACUACGCGCCAGAGCCAUAUGUCAGGAAGAUGCAUUCUUUGCUUGAAGACCUUGGAUACUCUUUGAAAAUUCUGCUGGAUAUGUUCAAGAGGCCCUGCAGUAAUAUAACUGUGGAAUGCAAUUGGCGAUCAAAGACAUUCAAUUGCUCCGAGAUGUUCCACCCGUUACUCACAAUAGUGGGGCACUGCUGUCAAUUCGAUAUACCUUACUUCAUGGAACAUGCGGAUAACCAAACGAACUUUAUUUCUGGUCUGGAUUCUACUGAGGCUUUGGACAUCAUCGUUAACGGACAGAGCUUCAAUGGAAAUUCCAUUCUUUACGUCUACGAUUAUAAAGAAAAAAUCACACUGGUCGAUAGCUUUUUUAGUUUGACGCCACAGUCGUUCUUCGACGUCAACAUCUAUGUCUGGGCUAUCGACUCUUCGAGCUAUGUCAAAGCACUGCCACUGUCUGGAAGAAAAUGUAUUUUGGAUACGUUGUUACUAAAGACGUCUUGCUCACAAAAUAAGGAUCAAGGAACAUUUGCUGGCUUUCACCAAGGAUGUAUGACGCGUCUGAUUCUGAGGAGAGUCGUUAAUCGUUGUCGAUGUCUGCCUUUCGAUUUCACUUCCAAAGAACUGGAUGUAGAAGAUUUUAGUAUCUGUUCCUGGGAACAUUAUAUUUGCAUCUAUCAAACAAUAGACAUGAUUGAAGUUGACAUAAAGGAUAUAAUAUCGGAUAGUGAGUGCUAUCAGAGAUGUGAUUACGUGGAGUAUGAUAGUGAAGUUGAAUUUAUCAAACAUCAAAGGCAUUUGACCGCGAUGAACGAAUCUUACAGCCGUGUGCUGAUACAUUUUAGUCAGAACACUUGUAUGAAGUAUCGCAGAGAGGUUCUUUACACUUGGGACCAGAUGUUAGCUAAUCUUGGCGGUAUAUUCGGACUCUGCCUUGGUGGAUCUGUAAUCAGCGUCAUAGAACUAAUCUGGUAUCUUCUAGAAGUUCUCUAUGCAAUCUUCUGUUCCUUCUGCAAGAAUCAUAUCGCACCGAAAGAAAAAGAGAAGAAAAAGGAAAAAGUGUUUGUCAUCUCUCAUAAGGAAGUGCUUUUAAAGAAAACUUCCGAAAAGAAAUUAGGAAAAUAUAAGUUUAUGCAUUGA